AUGAAUAGUAUACUACCAGACUUUUAUCAAUCUCUGAUAUAUGUAAUAUUUAAUCGUUUUGAGUUGAAUCCAGAUUUUUAUGUGUGCUCUGAGGAUGUCACAUCUCAUACUAAAGGUGUUCGGAGACCAUUUUGGGGAGCUUAUUAUCUUGCCAGUGGACUAUUUAUACUAGUUCUCUACUCAAUUUGUUUUGUCGCGAUUGCAAGAAGCAAACUAAUGAAUACACCGGCUUACAAAGCAAUGUUUGUUCUGGGACUCUUUGACAUUCCCUCAAUAUUCACACAUUCAUUGAUUACCGGCUUCCUUGGAUUCUAUGGAUUUGCUUAUUGUGACUAUCCCCGAGUGUUUUUCUUAUUUGGAAAUCUUGCAUUGGGCUUGUGGUUCGGAUGCUCCGUAUCCAGCUUGACGUUAGCUUUGAUACGCGUUGUUGACGUAUGUCCACAUUUGAAACUUGGAAAGCUGUUCACGAGUCGCGCAAUUUACGCGCUUUUUGGACUAUUUUGGGCUUAUGCGUUGUAUGGGGGAGUUCUGACAAAACCUCCAAUAUUCACCACACAUUGCAUGUCAUGGUUUUUUGACCCGGCAAUUGGAAAUGAUCCGAAAUAUUACGUAAAUCUGGCUCACACGUACAACAAUGCAUUAGUGACUUGCGGCACAACUAUUCUAUACGGUUACUUGGCUUUUUUAGUUAUAAAAAACACCGACUCCACUUUUUCGAGCAAAUUUUCUAAUUAUCAAAUCACGAUACUACUCCAAGCAUUUUUCUUUUCAUUUUUUCAUGCUGCCUCCGCAGGAUUAUAUGUUUACAUGCAAUUUGUGUCAGCAUCAGAAAAUCUUGUAUUGUUCACACAAUUCGCUUGGCAGUUUAGUACAGGCUCCGUCUGCAUUGUCUACUUGACUCUAAACCGAUCGAUUCGCAAAUCUGUUUUGACAAUGAUCUGUUCAAUGCUUCCACCAAAAGUGAAAAUAUCAGUAGCCCCAAUGGCCGAUGGAAUUCUAUUUUAA